AUUUUUUUAAAAAUUUUGUUCCUCAAAAAGAUUUACUUUGUCAAAUCCUAAAAAAUUGGAAAAAAAAAGUAAAAGUGUCGGGAGUCUUAAAUCGUCAUCUAGUACUUGCAAUUCCAAGCAAAGUCUCGAGAAUUCAUCAAAAUUUAGAUAUGAGGAUUGAAGACAACGGAGGAGAGUGUGCAUCCAUCAAGCACAUCGUCUUUGCCUACUAUGUCACUGGUCAUGGCUUCGGCCAUGCCACUCGUGUUGUCGAGGUUGUUCGAAAUCUGAUUGCGGCGGGGCAUGAUGUGCACGUCGUCACCGGUGCACCUGACUUCGUUUUCACUUCUGAAAUUCAAUCCCCUCGCCUCUUCCUUCGCAGGCUAGUUUUAGACUGUGGAGCAGUUCAGGCAGAUGCAUUGACCGUGGAUCGUCUUGCCUCCCUGCAGAAGUACUCUGAAACAGCUGUGCAACCUCGGGAUUCUAUUUUGGCAACAGAAGUAGUGUGGCUCAACUCCAUCAAAGCUGACUUAGUGGUUUCAGAUGUUGUUCCAGUUGCAUGCCGGGCAGCAGCUGAAGCUGGAAUUCGCUCAGUCUGUGUUACCAACUUCAGCUGGGACUUCAUUUAUGCUGAGUAUGUGAUGGCUGCUGGAUAUCACCAUCGUUCAAUAGUUUGGCAGAUAGCAGAGGAUUAUUCUCAUUGUGAGUUUCUAAUCCGUCUCCCAGGAUACUGUCCAAUGCCUGCUUUCCGUGAUGUUAUUGAUGUUCCUCUAGUUGUAAGGAGGUUGCACAAAUCUCGCAAGGAGGUGAGAAAGGAACUUGGAAUUGGCGAGGAUGUGAAGCUAGUUAUUCUCAACUUUGGUGGACAGCCUGCAGGGUGGAAAUUGAAGGAAGAGUACUUACCUUCUGAUUGGCUGUGCCUGGUUUGUGGUGCUUCUGAUACCCAGGAUCUUCCACCUAAUUUUGUUAAGCUUCCAAAAGAUGCAUAUACGCCUGACCUUAUAGCAGCCUCUGACUGUAUGCUUGGAAAAAUUGGAUAUGGUACUGUUAGUGAAGCCUUGGCGUAUAAGUUACCCUUUGUUUUUGUACGAAGAGAUUACUUCAAUGAGGAACCCUUCUUAAGAAAUAUGCUUGAGUUUUAUCAAAGUGGUGUUGAGAUGAUUAGGAGGGAUUUACUUACUGGUCAUUGGAAACCCUAUCUUGAACGUGCAAUCAGUUUGAAACCAUGCUAUGAGGGAGGCAUCAAUGGUGGCGAGGUGGCAGCUCACAUCUUGCAGGAGACAGCUAUUGGCAAGAAUUACGCUUCAGAUAAGUUGAGUGGUGCUAGAAGGUUGCGUGAUGCCAUAAUUCUUGGGUAUCAACUGCAAAGGGUCCCUGGCAGAGAUGUCAGUAUUCCUGAAUGGUAUACAAAUGCUGAAAAUGAACUUGGUUUAAGUGCUGGAACGCUAACUUCUCAGAUGAGUGAGAGCAACUCAAUUACAGAUUUAUGCAUUGAAGACUUUGAAAUUCUUCAUGGAGAUCUUCAAGGUCUUUCUGAUACAAUGAGUUUCCUAAAUUGCUUGGUAGAACUUAACAAUGUUUCUGAUUCUGAAAAGAAUAAUGAGAAGCGUCAGAUGCGUGAACGUAAGGCUGCUGCUGGGCUUUUUAAUUGGGAGGAGGAUAUCUUUGUGACAAGGGCACCUGGAAGGUUGGAUGUUAUGGGAGGCAUUGCAGAUUACUCAGGCAGCCUAGUAUUGCAGAUGCCUAUAAAGGAAGCCUGCCAUGUAGCUGUGCAAAGGAAUCAUCCAAGUAAACACCGGCUCUGGAAACAUGCACUUGCACGGCAGAAUGCAAAAGGACAAGGACCAAUGCCUGUUUUGCAAAUUGUAUCAUAUGGCUCAGAGUUGAGCAAUCGUGGCCCAACUUUUGACAUGGAUUUGUCUGACUUUAUGGAAGGAGAUCAACCAAUUUCAUAUGAAAAGGCAAAGAAAUACUUUGCCCAAGAUCCGUCCCAAAAGUGGGCAGCAUAUGUUGCUGGGACAAUUUUGGUUUUGAUGAAAGAAUUAGGUUUACGCUUUGAAGAUAGUAUCAGCAUGCUGGUUUCUUCUGCAGUCCCAGAAGGCAAAGGUGUAUCUUCUUCCGCCUCUGUGGAAGUUGCUAGCAUGUCAGCUAUAGCAGCUGCUCAUGGAUUGAGCAUCAGUCCAAGAGACCUUUCCCUUCUGUGCCAAAAGGUGGAGAAUCACAUUGUAGGAGCCCCAUGUGGUGUUAUGGACCAAAUGACUUCAGCAUGUGGUGAAGCAAAUAAAUUACUUGCAAUGGUUUGCCAGCCUGCUGAGAUAAUUGGACUUGUAGCAAUUCCCAGUCAUAUCCGAUUUUGGGGAAUUGAUUCUGGAAUACGGCACAGUGUUGGAGGUGCAGACUAUGGAUCUGUGAGAAUAGGAGCCUUUAUGGGUCGGAAGAUGAUAAAAGCUAUAGCAUCUACUAGAUUGUCUCAAUCACUGUCAACUGCUAAUGGGGUAUCUCCUGAUGAAUUGGACAAUGAUGGAUUAGAAUUACUUGAAAUUGAAGCUUCAUUAGAUUAUUUAUGCAACUUGUCACCUCACAGAUAUGAAGCUCUUUAUGGCAAACUACUUCCUAAAUCAAUGCUUGGUGAGACAUUUUUGGAGAAAUAUACUGAUCAUGGUGAUACAGUUACUGUAAUUGAUAAGAAACGAACAUAUGGAGUGAUAGCUGCUACUAAGCAUCCUGUAUAUGAAAAUUUCAGGGUCAAGGCCUUUAAGGCACUGCUGACAUCUGAGAGCUCAGAUGAGCAACUUACGGCACUUGGAGAGUUGUUGUAUCAGUGCCACUACAGCUAUAGUGCUUGUGGACUCGGCUCUGAUGGGACAGAGAGACUGGUACAGUUGGUGCAGGAAAUGCAGCAUGAUAAAGUCUCUAGAGGUGAAGAUGGAACUUUAUAUGGAGCCAAAAUUACUGGUGGCGGUUCUGGUGGAACGGUUUGUGUAAUUGGAAGGAACUCGCUCCGAAGCAGCCAACACAUUCUUGACAUUCAGCAAAGGUACAAAAGUGCAACGGGUUAUUUGCCAUUUAUUUUUGAAGGCUCAUCCCCGGGUGCAGGGAAGUUUGGAUAUUUAAGAAUUCGACGUCGCAUCACUCCGAAAUCCUAAUUUGCUGCCGCUGCUUCCACUCAUUUGAAUAAAUUCAUUAAUUCGAUAUUUAAGGUUAAGUUUAAAGUAAUUGUUUGAUGUAUCUUUCUUUUUUGAAUUUAAUAAAUAAAUAAAUAAAUAAAGCAACAAUCUCUGGAUAUUUAAGGGUAGAUUUAUGGCAUUUCCCAUCAACUAAUGAACUUUUUCCCCAUCUACUUUUUCCAUUUGCGUAAUUGUUUCCCUUUUACGUUUUGCUUAUAUUAACAUAUUUAGUUAAAUAGACACAUGAUAUGUGUAUAAACUUGCUUAUCAUUGUAAAAAAUGUCAAUGCAAACACACCCUUAACUCCAAACAAAAGAAAAAAGGGAUAGUUGCAAUUUGAACUACCUGGCCCCAAAUCAGUGAAUUGAUGUCAGAUGAAAUUAUAUACAUUGUCGUUUCAUUAUAGGGCCGGUUUAGCCAAAUUCUUAAGGAUGAUGUAAAGUCUGCCAUAGAAUAAAUAUAGAAAUACUAGGUCCUCUACGAUGAGGGGCGGUUUCAGCCUAAUUUUCUUACCGUGAGGUAAAGCUCACCUCAGAAUAGAAUAAAACAGAAAUGUAAUGAAGCGGACCUUGAGAAUUGAGAUGCCCAGCAAAGCGUCUGGCAGCCAGGUCCACUAUAUUUAAUAUAAAAAUAUUGUACUGCAAGUGCAAUAAUUCUGUGAUAAUGAUAUCUACACAAGAAAAAAACCUGACCUUCUCCGCCCGCCAUUCUCUUUCAUUAAACAGCGCAGAAAGGAAAGCAAUGGGCUCUCCACUUCUUACCACUCCACAAUUAGACCUUACACACUCACAAAUGCAAUGCAGUAAUGCAUUCAUCCCAUCUCUUAUUUUCCCCCAAAUUCAUGCCCCUAUAGCCAAUGUACUCUUCCCGAUGAUCAUUAUCAUUGC